UAAAAUGUUCAAUUACAAAAUUAAUCCAGGUUCAAAAAUAGGGUCGAUAUUGUAUUUUAAACGGCAUUGUGAGUGUACAUGUAUAUAAUAUUAAAUCAAUACAAUUCUAAAAACUUGAGAAAUCAAAUAUGGCUUACUUUAAUGGAACGUGGUUUCACGAUGGCAGCAAAGAUGGAUGGGAAAGAUACGAUGAAUUCAUGGAUCUCAUGGGAUUGAAAGAGGCAAAAGACAGUUUUAGAAACGCUUCCACUACAAGCAAAUUUGAUGUCAAAGGAAAUGUUUGGACUGUUAUCCACUCCAACUCUACCUUAGAAGGAGAAAAGACACAUGUUAUUGAAGUAGGAAAAGAGUUCGCUGAUAAAAACCUGGACGGCUCUGAUAUCAAGGUUGUAUUAGAGGUUAAAAACGACAACGAGGUUCAAGAAUCUGAACAAAGUAAUAUGGAAGAUGGUGAAUGGAGAAGUUAUAAAAUAGUUCGUCAAAUAUCGGGUGAUAGUAUGACUGUAACUAUACAUUCAAAGGGUAAAUCAAUGGAAUACAAGAUGAAAAGAGUGAAAUAGUCAGACUUGGAAUUGGUACUUUGACGAAUCUGAAUUCUAAUGAAGUGUACUUUGAACUCCUCAACGUGUGCUGAUAUGCUGAGAUUUUACCCAUAAUGCAAUGGAAGAAAGAGUGCAAAAUAAAAAGUAGUACAGAUCAUUGUAAAAUAAAUUCUAAAUCAAA